CGGCGGGCGCGCGCACGCGCGGAGGGGCCGAGCCCGCGGGCGCCGGCGCGCGCUGCGGCGUUUCUUCCCGGCCGGCGCGCUGCAGGGAGGCGGCUCGGACCCGGGCUGGGCGCGUGCACGGGAUGCCACGGCCCGAGGCCCGGAGGGCGGCCGUGCGCGGCCCGCGGCGGGGACACUGAAGAUGCCCCCCGGCUGAGCCAGGGCUGUGAUGGGGAGUGCCACGGCGCGGUACUUCUGUUACGGGUGCCUCUUCACCUCGGCCACCUGGACGGUCGUGCUGUUCGUCUAUUUCAACUUUAGUGACGUGACUCAGCCUCGGAAGAAUGUGCCCAUCAAGGGGGCCGGGCCCCACGGACCCUUCCCCAAGAAGUUCUACCCGCGAUUCACCCGGGGUCCGAGUCAAGUGCUGGAGUCAGAGUUCCGAGCGCACGAGCUCGACAGUAACGGUGUGGACGACCCGGAGAAGGACAGCCUGAAGCUCUCGUCCGAGCUGGGCAUGAUCUUCACGGAGCGCGACCAGGAGCUGAGAGACCUGGGCUACCAGAAACACGCCUUCAACCUGCUCAUCAGCAACCGCCUGGGCUACCACAGGCCCGUGCCGGACACCAGGGACGCCGCGUGCAGGGACAAGUCCUACCCCGCGGACCUGCCCGUGGCCAGCGUGGUCAUUUGUUUCUACAACGAAGCACUGUCCGCGCUGCUCCGGACGGUGCACAGUGUCCUGGACCGCACGCCGCCGCAGCUGCUGCACGAGGUCAUCCUGGUGGAUGAUGACAGUGACCUCGACGACCUGAAGGGUGAGCUCGCCGAGUACGUCCGGAAGUACCUCCCGGGGAAGGUCCGGGUCAUCCGCAACGCGCAGCGCGAGGGGCUGAUCCGAGGGCGCAUGAUCGGAGCAGCCCACGCCACAGGACUUCCUCCGCCUCCCGCCGCCCUCCCGGUGCCUGCAGGCGGGGCGGGCCUGGUCACUCCUCCCGCUGACCGCCGUCCCGCAGGGGAGGUGCUGGUGUUCCUGGACAGCCACUGCGAGGUGAACGCCGCGUGGCUGCAGCCGCUGCUGGCCGCCAUCCGCGAGGACGCGCACGCCGUGGUGUGCCCCGUCAUCGACAUCAUCAGCGCUGACACCCUGACCUACAGCGCGUCCCCCGUGGUGCGCGGCGGCUUCAACUGGGGGCUGCACUUCAAGUGGGACCUGGUGCCCCCCUCGGAGCUGGGCGGCCCGGGGGGCAGCACCGCCCCCAUCAGGUCGCCCACCAUGGCGGGGGGGCUGUUCGCCAUGAACCGGCGCUACUUCAACGAGCUGGGGCAGUACGACGGCGGCAUGGACAUCUGGGGCGGAGAGAACCUGGAGAUCUCCUUCCGGAUCUGGAUGUGCGGCGGGCGGCUCUUCAUCCUGCCCUGCUCCCGCGUGGGCCACAUCUUCCGGAAGCGGCGGCCCUACGGCUCCCCCGAGGGCCAGGACACCAUGGCCCACAACUCGCUGCGGCUGGCCCACGUCUGGCUGGACGAGUAUAAGGAGCAGUAUUUCUCCUUACGGCCUUACCUGCGAACCAAGAGCUACGGGAACAUCAGCGAGCGCGUGGAGUUGCGGAAGAAGUUAGGCUGCAAGUCGUUCAAGUGGUACCUGGACAACAUCUACCCCGAGAUGCAGGUGGCAGGGCCCCGCGCCAAGCCGCAGCCCCUCCUCCUCAACAGGGGGGCCAAGCGCCCCAGGGUGCUGCAGCGGGGACGGCUGCGUCACCUGCAGACCAGCCUGUGUCUGGUGGCUCAGGGCCACCCAAGCCAGAAGGGGGGCCUCGUGGUGCUCAAGGCCUGCGACUACGCCGACCCCAGCCAGGUCUGGGCGUACAACGAGGAGCACGAGCUGCUGCUGAACGACCUUCUCUGCCUGGACGUGCCCGAGACCCGCUCGUCCGACCCGCCGCGGCUCAUGAAGUGCCACGGGGCGGGCGGCUCUCAGCAGUGGACUUUCGGGAAGAACCGGCGGCUGUACCAGGUGUCCUUCGGGCAGUGCCUGAAGGGGCUGGGCCACAGGGUCUCUGUCGCCAUGGCCAUCUGCGACGGCAGCCCCCCGCAGCAGUGGCACCUGGAAGGCUGAGUGUGCGGCGGCCGCCCUGGCGGGGGACGCCGUGGGCUUGUCCACCCGCCAGACGCCGGCGGCCUGGGAACCACCUCACUCCUGGAGCCUGUUCGGUCUCAGCCGUCCCAGGAAGGCGCCAGCUCUGCCCCGCGGUGCCGAACAGACCGUUUUAAAUUAAAUGGAAUCCCUAGUACUUUUAACCUCAGAAGCAGCAUCAUUUAUAUGAUAUUUAAGAGUCAGUUAACUAUUAUAAAUUAUUUUGAUGAACUACGGUACUAUCUACAUUACAAAUAAAAGAUCCUUUUGAUUACUUACCGA